AUGAGUUCUCGAAACUACCAAAUGCCCCUUGGAGCCUACAAUUCUGAGAACAUCUCUUCGAACCACACAUUGGCGAAUAUCGAAGGAGAACUUCAGCAAGAUGGAUCGAUACCAUGGGGCCUCAUUAUCUUUUACAUCCUUUUCUCUCUCUUUGCCCUACUGACGAUCCUUCGUUGGACAGAUCUGCAACUCAGCAUUCUCCUUGCUUUCAUCGACAGCGGCCGAUGGCGAGCAUACUUUGGAAUGGAAGCAACCAGACUACAUGGUCAGGGCAACUUCAAAAAGGUCCAAAUUGGGGGCAAUGCUCCGUCGGUGAAGGUGGUGAAAAAGGUUCGAUUCUACGACGAUACGACUAUUGUUGAAGACAUUGAGCGGAUGUAA